ACUAUGUGCCAUGCCUGAGCCAUGACGCGGCUGUGUGUGUGUGACCUGCCCUCCGUGAGCAUGACCCAGCCCCGGGCAGGUAGCAGCAGCCGCGUCGGGACCAUCACUAGGAAGUGACUGGCCGCUGCUUUCACAUCUCCCGCCCCGCUCCCACGUGAAUCCCCACGUCAGGUCCCCUCAGAUCCCUCAUCGAGCUGCAGAUGCGCAGCACAAGCCAGGAUCACAUCCUCAGCCCCACCACACAAAAACAUACACUCUACACAAAAUGUUUUAUUUAACAUGCCAUACCGGAAGAAGAAGCCAUAUUUAUCCAGCCCUCACUUCAUAGCCAUCCAUUUCUGCCACAGCUCAAUGCAAUAAAACCACACACACCUAUAUAUUAUUUUGCUCUUGGGUGUAAAUAAUGCAUCUCCUGGACCCAGAAGGUAAUAUAUGUGAGAUGACUUCCCAGCAGCAGGAUCAAUGUCUGAGCUGGUGGUGAUGCAGGUCCCUUGGUUAGAUCACGAGUGGAUGGAUGGCAAGACAGAUCAGGCUGGGGAUGCUGAGAGCUGAGACAAAAGAGGAGCCCUGCGUGUUUCAUCCGAGGAAAAGAAAGAGGAAGCAAGGGGGAGGGAAGACAUAGGAUCCAGUGGCUGGAGGAAACUAGCACCACAUUUUAUUCUUUGCCUUUUACAUUGGAUUAUAAAAAAUAUAUAAAUAUAUAUAUUUUUUUGUGGGAUCAUUUUCCAGAAUAUCCCUUUUUGGUGGUUAUUUAAUUGUUACUAGGGGGCAUGGAAGGCUGCACUCUUCCAGAGGUAGGAUGGCCAGAUAUAUCUCAUUAUCCCAGGCAGCCAGGUUCUUUCCCCAUCCCGCAUCCAUGUUAAUUGCUUUCUCGUGUAUUCAAUUGUACUUAACCCUUUCUGCCUUCCAUAAUCCUCCUGUAUUGCAAACAACAGAUUGUUGCACACCUCAUACUUGCUGUCAUCCCCUCUUAGCCUUAAGGUUGCAAUUCCUCUCCCCCCAGUUGAACCCCUUUUUAGCAUUUGCUAAUGCAUGUUGGUAUAAUGUAAUGAUUUUACAAGCUUUUCUGUACACACUUCAGCUUGACUCUGAUUUUCUGAAAUGUGUCUGUAGAGUCCAGCUUAUUUUCCCUUCCCCCUAAUUUAUUACAUUUUGUGGAUGCACCUUAUUGCUGUCCCUCCAGACCAGAUAGACAAUACUGAAUUGCACUCACUUAACCCCAUGCAGUACAGUGUCCUCUCUGGUACACAGGAGCACAGGAGAGCGAGCAGCAUUCCACUGUCACUGGGUCACCUGGGACCUAAAUCCAUGCCUCUGCUUCUGGGACCUGCCUGGCUUUGCACUGGAACCCCUCAGACUCCUGGUCCACCGACCGGUGAAUGAUGUUUAAAUACCGGCUCCGCAUGUUCUUUAAUGAACUUAAGGUUCUGGUGCUGACCCGAUCUGGGCGAAGCGAGCCGGAGCCGGGCCACGCCAUGCGAGGGCUCGGGGUUGGGGGCUGUGGAUGGCCACCCUUUGCAGACUGCUCCUCCAGAGAUGAUGAUGAGGAAUACUAUGGGUCUGAUGCUAGACCCCGCAGCCUGGGACUGGAGGAGAAGGAUGGAAGGCUUGGGGCUGCGCUGGACGCCGUUUCCCUGGGCAGCAGCAUCGACAGUGGCAUGAGGACCCCACAGUGCAGAAUCUGCUUCCAAGGCCCUGAGCAGGGGGAACUGCUGAGUCCGUGUCGCUGUGAUGGGUCUGUGCGCUGUACACAUCAGCCUUGCCUAAUACGAUGGAUUAGUGAGAGGGGAUCCUGGAGCUGUGAGCUGUGCUAUUUCAAAUAUCAUGUUCUAGCUAUCAGUACGAAGAACCCACUCCAGUGGCAGGCCAUUUCAUUGACUGUGAUCGAGAAGGUUCAGAUUGCAGCUAUAAUACUGGGCUCCCUCUUCCUCAUCGCCAGCAUAUCCUGGUUAAUCUGGUCCUCUCUCAGCCCCUCGGCUAAGUGGCAGCGGCAGGACUUGCUGUUCCAAAUCUGCUAUGGCAUGUACGGCUUCAUGGACAUAGUCUGCAUAGGUUUGAUAAUCCAUGAAGGUUCUUCAGUGUAUCGGAUCUUCAAGCGCUGGCAAGCUGUGAAUCAGCAAUGGAAAGUUUUAAACUAUGACAAAACCAAGGACCUGGGGGAACCUUUAACUGGGACUACAAAGCUUGGGGGAAGGAAUUCACGGACGAAUCAUUCCUCUCACAAUGAUAGAGGCCCUGGGAGGAGUCAGCGGGUUAGGACUAUUUUGAACCAUCACUGUGGUUAUACAAUUCUACACAUCCUCAGCCACCUGCGGCCUAAUGAACAUCGAAAUAGCUCAAACUCCAACAGAGAGGUGGUGAUGAGAGUGACAACAGUAUGAGAACUGGCCAAAUUAUUGGGGGAAAUGGUAUGCUGCUAUCCGUCUCUAGCUAUUACCAAUGUCGCCAUUACAUUGGUAUAAAAAAUGGAAACAUGGAGAACGCAGAGAAUUCAGGCCCCUGAGGAGCUGGCCUUUCAAUGCAUUUUAUUCAACAGUUUUAAUAUAUGAAAUGCUCUGGUUUUUAUUUUUUAAACGUUGGGACUACUUUUACCACUUAAUACUUUCCAGUGCGUCUUAUAUCAAUUACAAAAUGCCCAGUGUGAGAUGAAUGAAACUAUAGGGUUCCCUCAAGGUCUCAAAGUAAUUGAGUCAAUGAAAUUCCCCCUGAACCAUUACUUUUGGAAUACGUUGAAAGCACAAGCCAGCGUUUUCAAGGAGAAAACAAGUCAUCACAAGAACCAAGUCUUAAUAUUUUUACCUCAGCUUUAAAUGAUGACACAGUAAACCAUAGAUAUAACAAACCUAAAAGAAAAAUACAGUUAAUAAAAUCAUUUUAAGAAUUGCCUAAUCAAAAUGGUAAAUACAACAGGAAUUAAAAGACACUAUGAAGUGGUUCACAACUUUCUAAGUGAUGAAUAGGUGCAAUAAAACAUAUUUUUACGGCAAAA